CGAGUACGUUUAAACUGCGGGCUAACAGAAACCUUCGCAAGAAUAACAAGUGAAGCAAAUCAACCCAACCCAAACCUUCUAAUUUUCUUGGUGAUUUCGCUUUUCUUUCUCCAGAUAACGGUCUGCACGCCUCACAGAUCUACUAGUUUUCCAUCACUUUCCCGAGGAAAAAGAAAGCAAACUUUUACCAAAGAACAAAAUAUGUCGCACAGCGACACAAUCCCUCUUCACGCAUCUUCCCAAUCGGACAUCGAUGAAAUCGAGAACCUAAUCAACGCCAGCGUUCAAUCCGGCCCGGCGACGGUCCUACCAGCCCGCCCACCUAGCCCGCCACGAAUCCCUGUCUCUUCAUCUCCAUUCAUUCAGUCGAAUCUCCCGCCACUGCCACCAACAAACCAGAAACCGUCGUAUGUCCCAUCUGUUCCUGCUGCGCCGGCUCCGCCUUCACCUACAGUUAACUCUCAUUCGAGUGCUGGGGCGUCCGGAUUUGGGUCAUCUCCGAAUACGUUGACUGAGCCUGUUUGGGAUACGGUGAAGAGAGAUCUGUCGAGGAUUGUGAGUAAUUUGAAGCUGGUGGUAUUUCCUAACCCGUUUAGAGAAGAUCCAGGCAAGGCUUUGAGGGAUUGGGAUUUGUGGGGCCCAUUUUUCUUCAUAGUGUUUCUGGGGCUUACUCUCUCAUGGUCUGCUUCGGUGAAGAAGUCUGAGGUUUUCGCUGUUGCAUUUGCACUCCUUGCAGCUGGUGCUGUAAUCUUGACACUGAAUGUUUUGCUACUGGGUGGACACAUAAUUUUCUUCCAAAGUCUGAGUCUUCUGGGAUAUUGUCUCUUCCCUUUGGACGUUGGAGCCGUAAUCUGUAUGUUGAAGGACAAUGUGAUAAUAAAAGUGGUGGUUGCGUGUGUGACAUUGGCUUGGAGCUCAUGGGCUGCCUAUCCAUUCAUGAGCUCAGCUGUCAACCCAAGAAGAAAGGCUCUUGCUCUUUACCCUGUUUUUCUUAUGUACGUAUCUGUUGGUUUCCUCAUUAUUGCCAUUAAUUAAUGCAACAACAAACCUUAUUGUGAAGAUUUCCGGAAAGAUUGAACUACAGUACAUACGAAUUUUUGCAAUGGUUAUUUUUCUUCUUAUGUAACUGUAUUUUUUUUAACAAAAAAUCUAUGUUCUACUCA